CGCAUUAAAAACAUUUAUACAAGAAACGGAAAGAGAAGUAACUAUAAAAGCACCAUGGGGCAACAUAAGAGCCUUAUCCUGGGGCAACCCGUCCAAUCCCCCAGUAUUACUCUGUCACGGCAGAAUGGACGCGUGCACCUCAUUCCGUCCCCUGGCCAAUUUGCUGCCAGAUUCUUUGUUCUACGUGUCCGUUGACUUGCCAGGGAACGGUCUCUCCGAUCACCUGCCCAAAGGCGUCCAAUACGGUAUAUUAGAUUUUAUACCUACGGUCCUGCAGAUUAAGGAUCAUUUUAAAUGGAACAACUUCACGUUCGUUGGACAUUCUAUGGCAGUUAUGAUUGGAAAACUAUACAAUAUAACGCACCCCGGCGUCAUUUCCCGUAGUGUAGAUCUAGACCCUUUCCCGGCCUACUUUACGUUCAAAUUCGAUGACUUGCGGCCGUGGUACAGAUAUUUCUAUGACGGUUUCUACAGCGAAGAUAAUUACAAGAAAAUCAACGGAGGAUUGGAAACUGCAAGGAAAUAUACAUAUGAAGAGGUUCUUCAACUUACAAUGAAGGCUAGAGGACUGUCAAAGGAAGCAGCUGAGGAAAUUCUAGAAAGAUCUCUGGUACCCGCGGGUGAAGGUCUAUACAGAUUAACAUAUGACCAAAGAAACAAAACUAUAACCGCGCCGCCAUUUUCAGCUGAUAACGUUAAAUUAAUGUACACCACACUAUCUACACCGACUUUUUCUGUUCUCGCAAAAGAAUCAAUCAAAAAUGGCCUAUAUAGCAAAGUGCCCUUCAUUAUGGACGAGAAGGUGUGGCCCAAAAACAAUUUUAAGUUCAAAAUCGUGGACGGAGGUCAUGAUGUCCACCUGGAGAACCCUCGCUGCAUGGCAGAGGAUAUAUCAAAGUUCCUGCUUCAAGGAUAACCCAAGCCAUAUAAGUUAUUUAGUACCCCUUUUUAGUAAAGUUGCUCGGACGGUGGAGUAUGAAAUUUCGCAAACUUAUAGUUUAAAUAGAUAAGGAGACCAGAAUGUU